GGCAGAGUUUGGUUUCUGGAGGGGAGGGAAGGCGAGGGCUGUGACAGGGAAGAAACAAAAGGAAGACCAGGCUGUAUGUAAACACAGCUGCAGAGGGGCACACCAGUGGGCACAGGCGGGCACCCCAGCAGCAUGCCAGUCAUCAUCCAACACUCAGGGCAUGCAUGCAAGGCUGGCACGCUGCUCCUAGGUUAGCAAUGGGUGUGUGAGUGACGUGCAUGCCCUCGCCAGUGCCUAGUGCCCAGCUGCCAUGUCCUGCCAGGGGCAGCGGAUCCUGGAGACCAGACUGGGCGAUGCAGAGUGCACACAGACCAUCGUCAAGAUGGCAUUUCGCAAGGCGUAUUCCAUCAAAGACAAGCUGGAAGCCAUAGAGAGAGUUAAAAAUGGCGAACGUCAAGCCAGCGUCUCCAGAGACUUCGGGGUGCCAGGAGGAACUCUCCGAGGGUGGCUGAAAGACGAGCAGAAGCUCAGAUGGUUUCUGGACCAGCUCGGCGGGGAUGUAGGGACACAGAGGAAAAAGAUGCGCUUGGCCAACGAAGAAGAGAUUGACCGUGCCGUGUACUCGUGGUUCAUCACUCUACGACAACAAGGCAUUCCUCUGUCCGGGCCAAUUAUCCAGGCCCAAGCUGAGAUGUUUGCCAAGCAGAUCUAUGGAGAGGACUGCACCUUCAAGGCUAGCCAUGGCUGGUUCUGGCGUUGGCAGAAAAGACAUGGGAUCUCCAGUCAGCGCAUCUAUGGUGAACCAGAGGUCAGGCCGUCAGAUAUGGACACGGUUCUGGUCUACCCAGAAGAACAACCCAAGGCACCGGCAAAUGAGAGCGGCUACGGUGAUGAACAGAUCUACAACGCCAAUGUCACUGGACUGUAUUGGAAGCUCCUUCCAGACCAGAUGCAUGAGAUGUCAAUGGCUAAGCAGCCCCGCGGCUACCGGAGAGUCAAGGACAGAGUUGCCAUUCUUCUGGCCGCCAACCUUACAGGCAACCACAAGCUGAAACCAUUAAUUGUUGGAAAACUGCAGGAUCCAGCAAGUCUUCGGUGCCACAACCCAGACAAGUUCCCGGCAACCUACAAAUAUUGCAAGAACAUGCAGAUGACAUCAAACCUACUCAGACAGUGGUUUUUCGAGGACUUUGUGCCUGGAGUAAAACGUUACUUAAGGCGAUGCUGUCUCCAAGAAAAAGCAGUUCUCCUGGUCAACCAGUGUCCUGGGAGCCCCCCUGAGAAGGAGCUUCAGACCCCCGACGGCAGCAUAAGGGUCUUGUUCCUUUCCAAAAACACCAGAAGUAAGAUCGUGUCCAUGGACCAAGGAGUUAUGGCUUCCUUCAAGCAGCUCUACAAGCGCGAGCUCCUGAGGAUGGCGGUGUCCUCUGAUAGUUCUCCUUCAGAUUUUGUCAAGUCCUUUCUAUUAAAAGACAUGAUCUACCUGUCUGGUCAGGCGUGGGGCAUGAUACAGGCCGUAAGUAUCGAGAAGUGUUGGCUCUAUGGCCUCAGAGCUGCUUUCGAGAGUGGCGCCAUGGCUGACACAGCUGGCGACGACUAUAGCAAGGUCUUCUCUGACUUGACCAACCUGGCUGCCCUUGUGUACAAACAUUUGACCCCAGAGGAUAUAGCUGAGUGGGUGCACCUGGAUGACCCCAUGCCCGCCAUGCUGGAAUCCUCAGAGGGGAUGACCCCAGACUCCUCGGGUGACUUUAUUAAAGAAGAAACCAGUGAUGAUGAGGAUGACAUAGAGUAUGACAUAAACCCGACAGCAGCCGAAGCCGUUCAGGGGCUGGAGACUGCUUUACGGUGGUUUGAAACCCAGAAGCCGCAGAAUGUGGCUCCUGUAGAAAUAGCGCAGCUGCAUUCAUUACUCGCCACUGCACAGCGUCUCCAGCUAAUGCAUUCACAAACCAAAGGUGCCAACUGUGGCGGCUCCUAACUGAUGACAUUGCAUGGUGAAAGGGCACCGAUGGUAUCAGAGACGUGUAGGUAGCAGUUAUAGAUAUACACGAUGUAUACACCCCUGUAUAUGCAGUCAUGUGUCAUGGUAGUUCCUCAGGAAAUAUUGCACUAUAUUUAGACAAUUUCACCUGUUUAGCUGUAAUCUGUGACUUAGAAAUCUGUAUUAUGCCGCAGUCUCACCGGUCGGAUGUCGCUCUCACCACAUUUUACACAGGGAAAUUAUUUACGUUUCAUUAUAUUUUAGGGCGGGCCGUUAUAGGCACUUUGGGGCCAAAUAAAAGUAAUUCUGCAAUAUUAGGUCCUAAUUUAUUUAUCUCAGAUCUUUGAGGUAAUAUCCCAGUCUGUGAGGUAUUACGUCAGAUCUGUGGGGAAAAAUAUCAGUCUGUGAGGUAAUAAUGCAGUCUGUGAGGUAAUAUCUCAUCCUAGUCUGUGAGGUAAUAUCUCAGAUCUAUGAGGUAAUAUCCCAGUCUGUGAGGUAUUACGUCAGAUCUGUGGGGAAAAAUAUCAGUCUGUGAGGUAAUAAUGCAGUCUGUGAGGUAAUAUCUCAUCCUAGUCUGUGAGGUAAUAUCUCAGAUCUGUGAGGUAAUAUCUCAGAUCUAUGAGGUAAUAUCCCAGUCUGUGAGGUAAUAUCUCAGAUCUGUGAGGUAAUAUCUCAAAUCUGUGCGGUAAUAUCCCAGUCUUUAAGGUAAUAUCUCAUCCUAGUCUGUGAGGUAAUAUCUCAGAUCUGUGAGGUAAUAUCUCAGAUCUAUGAGGUAAUAUCCCAGUCUGUGAGGUAGUAUCCCAGUCUGUGAGGUAAUAUCUCAGAUCUGUGAGGUAAUAUCCCAGUCUGUGAGGUAAUAUCCCAGUCUGUGAGGUAAUAUCUCAUCCUAGUCUGUGAGGUAAUAUCUCAGAUCUGUGAGGUAAUAUCUCAGAUCUAUGAGGUAAUAUCCCAGUCUGUGAGGUAGUAUCCCAGUCUGUGAGGUAAUAUCUCAGAUCUGUGAGGUAAUAUCCCAGUCUGUGAGGUAAUAUCCCAGUCUGUGAGGUAAUAUCUCAGAUCUGUGAGGUAAUAUCUCAGAUCUGUGAGGUAAUAUCACAGUCUGUGAGGUAAUAUCUCAGAUCUGUGAGGUAAUAUCUCAGUUUGUGGGGUAAAAUCUAAAUUUGUGGGAUUAUAUCUGAGAUCUGUGAGGUAAUAUCUCAAAUCCUUGGGGUAAAAUCUGUCUGUGGGCAGUAUUCUGUCUAUACAGUAAUAUUUUAAUCUCUGUGGGGUAAUAUCACAGUCUAUGGGGUAAUAUUUCAGAUUUGUGGAGUAAUAUCCCAGUCUGUGGGUAAUUUCUCAGAUCUUUAGGGGAAUAUCCCAGUCAGUGGGGUACAAUGUCAAAGCUGUGGGUAAUAUCUUAGUCUACCGGGUAAUAUCCCAGUCUGUGAGGUAAUAUCUGAGAUAUAUGGAGUAGGGGGUAAAAUCUUUGGGAUAAUAUCUCAGUGUCUGGGGUUAUAUCCCAGACUGUAAAGUAAUAUCUCCGUCUACGGGGUAAUAUCCCAGUUUGUGAGGUAAUUUCUCCAAUCUGUGGGGUAAUAUCCCAAUCUGUAAGGUAAUAUCCCAGUCUUUUGGGUAAAAUAUUAAAUCUGUGGAGUAAUCUUUGAGGUAAUUUCUCAGAGCUGUGGGGUAAUAUCCCAGCCUGUGUAACAUUUUAGUCUUUAGGGUAAUAUCUCUGCGGGGUAAUACCUUUUAUCUUUCUUUAGAUCUUCCACAUUCAUCAAAUUUUCCAGUCGUCCAUGGUUUGGCAGACAGGUAUAAUGGGGGGUCUUCUUACCUUAUGGCCGGUUUGGUAGACACAUUUUGGCAUCCGUUUUACCGCUGCAAGUCCUGACCCAACCACGUUUCUGAUUACCUGAAUUUACAGCUGUCAGUUCAGGUCAUCAGACCCCCCUAGUCUGGCAGAAUUUCCGGGUUCACACUGCGUUUUUUUGUUUAGUUUUUUACUGUACAUUUAAUUUUGCUGUGUACAAAGCGGUCAACUACACUAUUGUAUAUAUUUUUUUAAACCUGUAUACAUUACUGUCUUUUUGUAUAGUGUAGGUCAACAGGAAGCAGAUUCUGGUAAUUGGCAUACAUCAGCAUCCAUUUUUAGCAUCCAUUAAUGUAUAGGUUUUUUUUCUUUUCGGGUAGGGUCACACGUAGUGCAUCCGUAUCAUAUUUCCAGCUGUGAAUGCGCCGACGGCAGUCACAAUAGCGAGCUCCCUGUUGCGACCGGGUAGUUCUGUGUGUCUGCUUGUAGCGGCUGCUAUGAGCGGAUGCACAGAACUACCCGGCAGCAGCAGGGAGCACACUCUUGUGACUGCCGUCGGUGCAUUCGCAGUGUGAAAUAUACCUCAAUAAAAUCAAAUGUAUAAAACGUAUAUGUUAAACAUAAAAAACGCAGUGUAAGCCUAAUACGGAUGCGAAAAUGUGUCCACGUUACGCUUGUAUGAGACCGGCCUCAGAGAUACAUGAUUUCCGGACCCUGACCCCAUAUGGCUUUAUUCUAUCCUUCUGUUUGCCUUAUUUAAAUAUAUGGAGUGGCUCCAUAAUAUUCCUAUAGUAAUGUGCCUUUCUGCUCCCCAUAGACCCAGCCUGUGAUAUAGACAGACGUGUGAUGGGACUGGGGGGACUGGGAUUUACCACAAAACCAGGAUGCACAUUGUCCACUUUAAGAUGUCUUCCAAUAUGACCCGGACAAACCCAGGGUCACCCCACAAUGUUAUCUUCUGAUAUGUCCCAGCCCAUAGACCCCCACAAUGUUAUCGUCUGAUAUGUCCCUCUGCAUGGACCCCCACAAUGUUAUCUUCUGAAAUGUCCCAGCCCAUAGAUCCCCACAAUGUUAUCUUCUGAAAUGUCCCAGCCCAUAGACCCUCAUAUUGUUAUCUUCUGAUAUGUCCCUCUGCAUGGACCCCCACAAUGUUAUCUUCUAUGUCCCAGCCCAUAGAUCCCCACAAUGUUAUCUUCUGAAAUGUCCCAGCCCAUAGACCCUCAUAUUGUUAUCUUCUGAUAUGUCCCUCUGCAUGGACCCCCACAAUGUUAUCUUCUAUGUCCCAGCCCAUGGACCCCCACAAUGUUAUCUUCUAUGUCCCAGCCCAUAGACCCCCACAAUGUUAUCUUCUGGUAUAUCACAGGCCAUGGAUCCCCACAAUGUUAUCUUCUGGUAUAUCACAGGCCAUGGAUCCCCACAAUGUUAUCUUCUGGUAUAUCACAGGCCAUGGAUCCCCACAAUGUUAUCUUCUGGUAUAUCACAGGCCAUGGAUCCCCACAAUGUUAUCUUCUGGUAUAUCACAGGCCAUGGAUCCCCACAAUGUUAUCUUCUGGUAUAUCACAGGCCAUGGAUCCCCACAAUGUUAUCUUCUGGUAUAUCACAGGCCAUGGAUCCCCACAAUGUUAUCUUCUGGUAUAUCACAGGCCAUGGAUCCCCACAAUGUUAUCUUCUGGUAUAUCACAGGCCAUGGAUCCCCACAAUGUUAUCUUCUGGUAUAUCACAGGCCAUGGAUCCCCACAAUGUUAUCUUCUGGUAUAUCACAGGCCAUGGAUCCCCACAAUGUUAUCUUCUGGUAUAUCACAGGCCAUGGAUCCCCACAAUGUUAUCUUCUGGUAUAUCACAGGCCAUGGAUCCCCACAAUGUUAUCUUCUGGUAUAUCACAGGCCAUGGAUCCCCACAAUGUUAUCUUCUGGUAUAUCACAGGCCAUGGAUCCCCACAAUGUUAUCUUCUGUUGUAGUUGUUUUUUUGUACCCCAUUUCAGCCACAAUAUAUAAAACAAAAAAUGUCCCAGAAAUGCACUUUACACAUUUAUGUCAGGAGCGAUAAAGUUCUGUAAUAAAUGGUUAUUUUUAUGUUGAU